AUGGAGAUCACGAAUAUGGCUGGGAAAGAGAAGGGAGAUAAAAUUGAGGGAAGAGGGAAGAGGGAAGAGGGAAGAGGGAAGAGAGAAGAGAGAAGAGAGAAGAGGGAAGAGAGAAGAGGGAAGAGAGAAGAGAGAAGAAAGGGAAGUGAAGUGAAGUGUGGUUUUGAUAUGAAUGAAUGA